AUGUUGCCGCAGGAAUCGAUUGCUAAAUUCAAAUGCAAAACGUUUACAGACUGUAAAACGUGCACUCUCGACAAAAGUUGGAAUGAAGAAAGAUGUCAGUGGUGUCCUCUAGACCGCGAAUGUCACGACCCAUCUUCUUCUGAGAAUCCAUGUUUGAAAAAUUUAAAUAUUGUAGAUCCAAAAUUGUGUAGGGAAAAUAAGUAUGGAAAAUAUGAUCCUCAUUCUGCUUUUUUGCAUACACUUAUGUCCGCUGCUGCCUACUCGAAGGACCCAAAGAUGUGCCUGCAGAAAAUGAACGUUACUAAAGAUUUUGAAAUUAAAGACAUUAUCAAACACGAUUGCAAAGAUUUACCGCUAUUUACGUACAAAGAGUGUGUUGCCUAUACUGCAGUUUCUCAUACACAUAGAGUUAUUACCCUUGCUUUCAGGGGGACACGCACUCUGAGCUCACAAAUAUUUGACCAGAUAAUUUCUGUACUAACUAUUCCUAAAGUUCCAUUCCCAACCGGUGGGAAGGUUCAGCGUUAUUUUGCUAAUGCUCAUAAAAAGUUGUAUAAUGAUGUUAACGCAAGCGUCACAACCCUGGUCAAAAUGUAUCCAGAAUACAACUUUGUGGUUACGGGUCACUCGCUGGGUGGCGCACUCGCAACUCUUGCAGCUGCUACCUUUGCAUAUCAACAUGUUAUUCCGUUACGCAAUAUGUCUAUAUACACCUUUGGACAACCCAGGGUUGGUGAUAAAAACUUUGCUUUCAAUUAUGAUCGGUUGGUAAACAACAGCUGGAGAGUGGUCCACAAUAGAGACAUUGUUAGUCAUUUGCCACUGUGUAGUCUAUUUUCUGGUUGUUCCACGCCUGAAAACGGACCGUAUCACCAUCGAACAGAAAUCUUUUACCCAAACGUUACCAUGAAAAAGGACUCUUUUUAUAAGGAAUGUAGAGGAGACGAUUCUUACAAUUGUAGUGAUGGGAUGAUACAGAAGAAACCGUGUACAUUCGAUAUUAAAGAUUGUCUUACAUACCACAUGAACUACUUCAGUCUCCACGUAGGCAGACUUUGUGAUCAUGUUUUGACAAGAAAGUGA